CCCUAGUUCUCUUCGAUUUUUAUAACUUUCAAAUCUUUCGUCCGAAUAAACCCACAAAAGGAAGAGCCGAAGAGAAAACGGAUAGGAUAGAGAGACACACCAGAGCCAAUUCUCUCAACCAUCCCCGCCUAUUCUCUUUGUUUUCAUAUUCAUUUCCCAAUUUGUUAUUUUUAAUUUUCGAUUAGGGUUCGGAGGUGUUUGCGAUUGAAUUCAUGGAGAGAUUCGGGUCGCCGCUGGACACGCAGUCGUUAGGUUACGUUAGCUGGGAGGAAGUGAACGUCUCGACGGAUAAAGGAAGGAGAGAGAUUCGCUAUUAUUUGAAGAGGAUAGACGGAGGAUUAGAUCUUGCCAUCGUAGGAAAAGAGAAGAGCUUGAGGCACAUGUCUUAUCACUACGCUGUUAGGAAUAGAUCGAUUUUAUCGGCUAUGGGACCUUCUUCGAAGCUCAAGUCGAGACGAGAGGUGAUUUAUUGGCUCAACUCUAUUGUUUCAGGAAUUAUUAUUCAAUUUUAAAGAACUGGUUGACAGCAAUGGAUCCUUGUGCCUCAAUUUCUAGAUUCGUUGCCUCUUGAGUCAUCCCAUUUAUCAGGCUCUUUGGAUAGUAGUGAUGCUUCUGCGUUCAGCGUGGAGAACAACAUGGACGGACAACUGAGGAAGCUUGGCUAUCGUACAAAAGAAUUUUUAUGGUUAGGUUCUCCAUGGACAUGUCGGAAAAGGCGAAAGCAUUAUCAUUCUUUUCAACGGAAUGGCAUCAAAAUUUCUGUUCAUGACUUUGUAUAUGUCUUGGCGGAGGAGGAUAAAAGGCUUGUUGCCUACUUGGAAGACAUGUACGAGGAUUCUAAAGAGAACAAGAUGGUUGUGGUACGAUGGUUUCACAAAAUAGAUGAGGUUGGUAUUGCCUUGCCUCGCAAUUUUAAUGACAGAGAGAUUUUCUUUUCUCUUUGUCUUCAAGAUCUCAGUAUUGAAUGCAUAGAUGGAAGGGCCACUAUCCUCAGCCCCCAGCAUUUUGAGAAGUUUCUUAACGAGGUGGCACACACUAGGUUGGAUCCAUUUGUUUGCUGCAAGCAGUUUGAUAAUGAAGAUACCAAGCCCUUUGACAUUACUCAAGUCAAGGGAUACUGGAAACAAGAAAUACUUAGGUAUAUGUAUAUGGUUUCCCCUGCGAGGGAUCAGGCAAAUUCUUUGCAGAUUGCUGAUGGCCUGAAAGUGGAAGCAAAUGUCGAUGAUGAUUCUGGGACCAGACCUAGGAAGAGGCAUCGUCAUUCAAAAGAUGAUGUUUAUACUGGCAGCAAAGAAUCAACAGACAUGGUGAGCAUCGAUGCACAACAUAACAGUUCGAUUGACCACAAAAGUGGGAUAGAGAUGUGCAGUCUAAUGGGAGGUGAAUCUUCUGCUCUUUUGUCUGGGGCAGAAGCCAAGCAAAGUCCCACUCAGCAUCUAAAAGUUGGUUCCGAAGUUGAAGUUCUUUCUCAGGAUAGUGGGAUCAGAGGUUGUUGGUUUAGAGCAUUGAUAAUUAAGAUUCACAAAGAUAAGAUGAAGGUGAGAUAUCAAGAUAUUAAAGAUGCAGACAACGAAACUAACAAUCUAGAGGAAUGGAUCUUAGCGACCAAAGGUGCAGUUCCUGAUCAAUUAGGAAUUCGGAUUUGUGGGAGGUCUAUUGUCCGCCCGUCUCCAAAGUUCAACGAGGGUCAAGUGUCAUGGGGUUUAGAUGUUGGGACUGCUGUUGAUGUUUGGCGGCAUGAUGUUUGGCAAGAAGGCAUUAUUAUUCACAAAGAAUCUGAAGAUAGAUUUGGUGUCUAUUUCCCAGGAGAAAAGCAAGCAUCAGUCUUUGGCCGAGGUGAUCUAAGACACUCACAAGAAUGGUUGGGAAAUGGGUGGAUGCUUAUUAAGGCCAGGCUAGAUGUUGCACACUCUGUAUCAUCCAUCUCAGAAACAAAGCAAGUUGUCAGAUCUGAUGAUAAAUUAAUUCAAAUUGCGAUUUCUGAUAGCACACAAUCAGGAAAAACUAAACCUGGAUGUAGUGAUUAUUCAUCAGAUUCUGGAAGUGAUAGAGGAAGAGAAUCAGUUGUUCCAGAUCUUUCAAAGGAUAGUUUUCUAGCCCAGUUAAGGUGGAAUGUACCAAAGAAGAGAAGACGUGGUGCUGGGAGCUCUGUCCAGAGGUGUAACAAAAAAGAUGGCAAGAAGAGCUCAACACAAGUUGUUCGCUCCUAUGCCUGUGAUAGAUUAAUGCUUUCAAUGACUCGCAAAGUUGAUCAUGAGAAUUGCAAGUAUAUGGGGGAUUCUUUGUUUAGUUCUGCCGUUGCACAGUCACUAACAAGCUUGGUUAUGUCUAGGUGAUAGGUAUCAAAUUUUCAUGCUUUUCAGAGGUAUAUAUGUUCCGUAGUGCAUGCAUCUUGAUGCACUUUUAGCACCUAGGAAUGCCAUGACAUGCAGUGUCCAUAUUGACAUCCAAAUCCUCUCACUGCCUAUACAUUUAACAAUUUCCUGUAUGGGGGUUUGGAGCAAGUCAUAUUUCAGGCAGCAAUUUUGGAUGAUUUUUGUUCUUGACCUGCAUAAUUUGUCCACCUUUAGAAUUAGUGCUGGAGGAUUUCAGCUUCUUGUAAUCUGUGUAUCAUCGAUAUGGUAAUAAAAUUUGCCUUUUCAAUA